UUGGGGUGAACAAAAAAUAAGUAGCAAAUCAUGGCAGACUCUAACAAUAAGAUCAAUUUCUGUACGUCUUCUCCAGGAAAAAUAAUCCUAUUUGGUGAACACAGCGUUGUUUAUGGUAAACUAGCCGUUGCUGCCAGUAUCAGUAAUCGUACAACGGCAACAUUCAAAGAGGUCGAGGGUGAUGUUUUCACUCUUAAUCUGCCCAAAUUAGGGUACUGUGAAACUUUUGAAUUAGCUAAUUUGCAAAGUAAGCUUGAUGAGAAUAUCCCUUUGAAAAAGAAAAUAUCCAAGCAGCAAACCGAUCUAGGUACAGUAGGUCUAGUGGACAUUGAUGCGCUUCUUGAGCUCUCAGGGAAAGACGUCAAUUUCAAUGCCUCAGUUGAACAAUCUGAUGCUAUUAGAAAAGCAUUGCACGCCUUUUUCUUUUUAUUUCGGGGCAUCUUGGGAACAACGCUCGUAAAUGUACCUCCCAGCACACUAGAGAUUGACUCGGAGUUGGAGCUCGGGGCAGGAACCGGCAGCUCUGCAUCGUUUUGCGUCACUUUGGCCGCAGCUUUCAUCCAGCUUUUGAAGCAGAGAACUCCUCCUGGUUAUAGAGUUUCGAAGCAUGAAUAUCGGAAUUUUACAUUCGAUGGCAGCUUGGAGAGCUUUUCUGAAAAGGAAAAAAUCAUUAUAAGCUGUUGGGCACUUCAUGGUGAAAAAAUAAAUCACGGAAAGCCAUCAGGACUGGACAAUUCUGUCUGCACUCAUGGGGCUAUACUCCAGAUGAACGUACGAGGGUUUUUGAAGCAUGAGGGUGGUUUCCAGUGUAUGGACCUCAAUAUUAAGCUGAGUGUGCUUCUUAUCAACUCAGGUGUUUCAAGGGAUACGAAGUCAUUGGUCUCGAAAGUGCGAUCUCUGAAGGCAAGGCAUGAAGGUGUGAUCAAUUUAAUUCUAAACAGUAUGGAAGGAAUCGCGGAGAAGGGUGUUUUGACUCUCCAGAAAUUAUCAGAUCUCGAAAAAGCCAAAGCCUCUGAUAAAGACAUCCGUAGCUUAUACACAGUUCUCGAGGAGCUGUUUGACCUAAAUCACGGACUUCUAUCAACUUUACAAGUUUCUCAUGAGAAACUAGAACACAUUCGAGCCAUCACGGCUGGGUUUGGUCUUCAUACAAAGCUAACGGGCGCCGGAGGUGGAGGUUACGCCAUUGCUCUCAUCCCACCGGAUUAUCCUGUAAAUGUACUACCCGAGUGCAUCAACCAGCUUGAAGCCAACAACUACCAAACUAGGCAAAUUUACUUAGGAGGAGAAGGUGUAAACGUGAAACAAUUGAGCUAGAAAAUUGAAUGCUAUGGACCCUGAGACAAGGUACAAAUUCAAGCAUUCUAAUAUAUUUUCCCUCACCAUUUCACAUAGGCUACGAUUUUGGAAACUAAAAUUGCUGGAAUUAACUCCCAAGCAACAUAUGAGUGUUUUUAUGUAGCAUUGGUUAAGAAAAAUUUGAAUUUCCCGCUUACAUGAAAAAUCAGAAUCUACUCCAAUCAAAUUGCGCACUACAACAGUUUUGGUAGGCUCCUCAAUUGGGCAGUAUUCUUUUUCCACCUUGUGUGGUUCAAAGUGUAAACAACUUGCAAUAACUGAGCCGAAGUGCCGAGAUUGUGGUUGUUAUAUUUUUACACUGCAAAGACUUUCUCGGUAACGUUUAGUGUGCGAUUUAACUCAACUAGAUUGUGGUUUUUUUAUGAACAAGAAGUUUGAAUUUCUGUAUGGAAAAACGCUAAUAUCUUUGUCAAGAGUUACUUUCCACAAUUCUUGUCGUGCAAAUCAUGUUCUAAGUGGAUUUUGAUGAGAGAUCGUAUAUUCUAAUGCUUAAAUUUGCACUUAGUCCAGUGGUCCAUUUAAACUGUUGGCUUCUGAAGUUUUCGCCAUCCCAACCAAAUAUCUUCGUAUUUUGCUGAACCCUGCAGGCAAUCUCCUGCAAAAAAUUUUUGUGAAAAAUAUUUGCUGUUAGAUGGAACUAACUGUUGCUCGUGUAGGGUACACAGGCGUUGAAAAUUUGAAGUAAGUCUGGUUUGCCGGAGAGAUUCAGAAAAAAAUGUCCAGUUUUUGCGUCACUACAAUUGUCUGAAUUUGUUUUAUCUCGUCAGAACUUGAAACCAUUCCUGAUUAUCUUUUGCGUAGGUUUUUCAUAGUGAGAUCUUUACAUGUUGGCCAAAAUCAAUCUGUUUGUUAGUGAGCUUACGAUCAAAAUGAAAUUGAACCCUAUAAAUUGUGUCAAUUACCUUUUUAAUUUUAAGUUACUCUUAGAAAGUCUCUUCAUUGAUCAAUUCCUUGAAAAGCUAAAAACGAGGCAUAAAACUCGUGGAAUUAUAUUUUGCAUAAAGUUCAAACUAUCUCUUAGUAUUGUAUUUCAACGUUGAACUGAUGUUGUGAAACCAGGAUGAGAUCUCCAGAGUAACAAAUUUUUGACCAAGGAAAUACUUUUUGUUGCAUUUUUAUACGCUUGUCCAUGACUGGUAGAUGAAUAUUGGCGAAAUUUUCUCUCAAUUAUUGAGGAUCAUCAAGAAUUCUCCAUUAUUUUGAUGACUUAAUGCAAAAUAUAUGUAUCUCAGUUGCAGCAUUCAAUAAUCCUUGAUUAUGUUUUUCCUUUCCAGGAUAACUAGUACAAAUUUUUCCUUGUAAUUUUUUUAGAAUAACUGAAGAAAAUUCACAGAUAAUUUCAAUAAAAACAAUUGUUUUGUUUCCCUUUAAAAAAAUGAAACAUGAGGGGUGACGUGCAUGGACACAUUUUCCUACUUUAGCCUCCUAUAUCUUAUUCUCAAAUGUAUGCCUCAAGAGUAUUCCUCCUGUAAGUUCAAAUGAAGAGGGUUAAGUGAGUUUCAGUGUUUGGAGAAAUGUAUUUUACCUUCGUACUUUACCCAUACCUAUACCUGUACCUUUACCUUUGUACUUCAGGUCAGAAAAUUCAGUUGAAUACUAAUAUUUUUUAUUCUCUGUAAAUCAAACUUUUCCCUGUAGCUUUUUAUAAAAUCGAAUUGUACUCCUCCAAAUAUGCAUGCUGGUUCAGGAUUCUCUUUUCUUUAAUAUUUUUCAAUAAAAAAAGCUACUCAGGAUGCC